GAAUUUUUCUUUUAUCAUUAAAGAUUUAUUACUACAUAACUAUCUAUUUGAGGUUUUUCUCCAACACUAUAACAUGGCAACAUUGACUUUCUACAACGACAGAUGUGACCCCGCAUCACAAAGUAUUAUGCUCCUGCUGGCGGCAAAGCAGAUACCACAUGAAAAAGUUGAUAUUAAAGGAGACUCGGAAAAUGCAGCUGGAAUCCAGAACGGUAAUGGCCGGGCUGUGAGUUAUCUUGCCGCAUUGGAUGUUGUCAAGUCAGAUUUAAACGAAGAACAAAAAAAAUUUCUGGAAUAUUUUAUGAAAAAUAUCCAGCCACUCUUCUACCGCACUGUGCUUACUGGAAACCCCAGAGAAGGCCUUGACUUGUUCUUCGAAGCUUUAUCAUACCUUGAGAACAGAUUGACCAGUGGCCCUUACUUUGGGGGAAAAUCCCCUGAUAUUCUCGAUUAUGGUCUCUUUCCAUGGAUUGAAAAGAUCGGAUCAUGGAUGCCAGAAAUCGACCAUCACGAAUGUCUUAAAUUGCAAAGUUGGGUACGACGCAUGCGCGAUGAACCCGUCGUGUCAAAGGUCAUGCCCUCCCCGGACCAGACGUCAUUCAACACGUACAAACAAUCCUUAGCCAUAAAAAUGGAAGGAAAAGUUUAACAAACUGUUGUUAAAUCUUCGAAUCUGUUUUUUAUAUUUGUUUUACUCGUCUUUGCAAGAAAUUUUUAACAACACAAUGUAAUUGUUGCGUGUCAAAAAUACGCCAUUUUGACAAUGGUGAUUUAUAUAUAGCUCUUACAAUGUUUCAUUAUCGCAGUUUUACAGAGUACUCGUUCGGUACAGCGAGCGUGACAAAAAAAUUAAAAUAAAUUUAACCUCGCAUCGCUUUUAGCUUUGAAAUAUUACGUUUAUAAUAAGUGAAUAAAUUCGUCAGCAAAUUUCUCCAAUUUAUCUUAUGUUUCAUCAUAUCAUUUAGAUUGGACUCUCGUUACUUCUUAGCAAUACUAUUUCAGCUAACUUGUUUUGCCCAGAAUGCAAACUACAAAGAGUGUCGUAUAUUUGUACCUGUAGGUGUAGGUGACCGUACAUUUGAACCCACGUACAUUUGAACCAUGUACAUUUGAACCCAUGUGUAUAUCCACGGGUUCAAUCUAUAUGCGGGUGCUAAAACCCAUGGGUUAGAGUUAGUAUGGGUUCAAAUAUCCGUAAAACAAAAAAAAUUUCCAUAGGUGCAAUAGUAUGCAGGUGCAAUUGUCGUGGGUUCAGUUGUACGUGGUUUAAAUGUACGUGUGUUCAAAUGUACACGGGUUCAAAUGUAAUGGAACCGUACCUAUAUAGACUAACAUACCCACUACAUAAAUUUAUAUUAGUCCGGUUUUAUAUUAUAUAAAAUAAGCUGAUCAAAAAGAUAUUCUCGUAUGGGUUGACUCCCGUACCGGACUGUAUAUGAAUAGUCGAUUCGUUUUUAUAUCAAAAAGUUUAGCGGUUGAUAUAAAACCAGCGCACCCAGUUUAGUUUCAAACUAGUUUUAACUUUAAAAUUAUAGGUAACUUUAACAAAUUUCCAAACAGUAUUCAAUAUCUCAAGUCUGGCUUCACACCAUAUGUAUAUUUUCUAGCCAAUUCUUUAUGGAAAGUGUCUUUUAUGAGUCCCGAAUCUAAGAAACUAUUCGAAUAAUAUUUAAAAAAUUUAGUUUUAUUUUGUUUUUCCAAAUUCAUGCGCAAUAUUGACUGGAAGUCGGAUUUGUUCAUUCUAUGAUAAAAGUAGCAAAAACUGUCUAUUGAAAUAUUUAAAACAAUAUGUAUGGAGGAAAAUUGCAGCCAAAAUAUUGAAAACUUGUCAUCGAGUUCAUUCAAAAGACUCCUAAAAAUGAGGUCUAAAAUAACUGGAAAAAGCGGCACAACCCGGAUAAGACACACGAAACCGUAACAUAUAAAACUCUGUUAAUUACAAAAUUAAAUUCCGACUUCAGCUCCCAAUAUUAUAACCUAAAUUUGUCCACGUAAACACCACAUAAGUUUUUUUCUAUUUUACCCAUAUGCCUGAUAUAUUACUUAUAUACAGUGUAUUUAGAACUGUCGUAUUUUUUUUGUUAUUUCAUUUUAAAUGUGCUUGAAAUAUGAUGUAUCUUUGAGAUAGAA